AGAAACAUCGGCCUGGAAGUAUGAAUUCCAAGAACAUUUUUGGUGUAAUAGUCAUCAUAUCACUCAGUAUAUCCUCCUACAUAUAUUAUUCGAACAGCAAAGAAGAAAGACAGACAUUGUCUAUUAAUAAUUACACUCAUAUUGAAUAUUCUGAUGAUCACAGUAAAGAGCAUUUGAUCACCAACCAACUUAGUGCAGGCAUGUGGACAGCAGAACCAUUGGGGCGUUUAGGAAAUCUGAUGAUGGAAUAUGCAACCCUCUAUGCUCUUGCAAAGCUAAAUGGUCACCAAGCUUACCUUGUUCCUAAAAUGCACGAGCAGCUAUCACAAAUGUUCAGAAUCACCCUGCCUGUGUUGCACAGUGAGGUUGCUCAAAGGAUAAAGUGGAAGAUCGUCAAGAUUCAUCAAUGGAUGUACCCAGAGUACAAACACAUCCAAGGAGAUUAUGUUAAACUCAGUGGCAACCCUUGCUCAUGGACUUUCUUCCAUCACAUCCAGGAGGAGAUUCUCAGGGAAUUCACGUUCCAUGACUUUAUUGCAGCGGAGACCAAUGCCUACCUCUACAAAGUACAGGGAGAUAGGAAAAAUGUCACCUUCAUUGGCGUGCAUGUCCGCAGGGGAGACUAUGUUAAGCUUAUGCCUGGCAGACAAGCGGUUGUCGGUGAUGAGGCCUACUUCAAAGAGGCCAUGGACUACUUCAGAGCAAAGUAUGAAAACCCUCUCUUUAUUAUAACCAGUAAUGGCAUGGAUUGGUGCAAGGAGAAUAUUGAUAAUUCCACUGGGGAUGUUCACUUUACUGGAGAUGGGAAAGAAGGUUCCCCUAUCAGAGACUUUUCCCUUCUUGCUCACUGUAACCACACUAUUAUGAGCAUAGGGACAUUUGGCUUCUGGGCAGGAUACUUGGUGGGAGGAGAGACAGUUUAUCUUGCAAAUUUCAGUUUACCAGAAUCACACUCUUACAAAACAUUCCAGUUUGAAACUUUUUAUCUUCCUGACUGGAUUGGGAUUCCUGCAGACCUGUCUUCUCUCAGAAAAAAGACACCAUAAAAUGAAAUGUCUAUCUAUCUAUCUAUCUACCACCCUUCUUAUCAAAAACAAGGCUUAGUGCAAUGCCACGCGGGGUGCUUCAGUGCUCAGUGUAUAAUUUCCUCUUUGGUGGGCAAUGAAGCACCGGACAAUGCCCAUAUCGUCACUUACCUUUCAAUCAUCACAUCCCAGUCAUCCCAGGUAAUCACUGAAAAAUGCCUCCUUCUACAUUUUCGGACGAUUACCAAGAAUCACCGUGUGUAAUGUGCAGAAGAGGAGCUCAGUGCUGCUUUCCAUAGCUAUAUCUGUCUGUUUUAUACUCCUAGAGUGUCCUAGUCCCCUUGCUAGUAGCCUGUGUCUUUCUAUUGCCUCUUUUACAGGGCCCCUGUCCCCUGACUUUCAAUAAAGUGAUGGCUCCUUUCUGGGGCCUUAUGUCUCAGGCUCCUCAGCAGCAUCCACCUUGUUCAGCAGGAGGAGGCCAAAGAGGAAGAGUCACAUGUUUCCACUUACUGUAUUAAAUAUGAGCAGGCAAUGAUCAUAACCCUCUUGGGCCAAUAGGAAAACUCUCCCACCCAGGAGAAUAGGUUACUGUUACUGGGACCAUUAGAAUCUUUAUUCUAUAAGGUAAAGAAGCUACACUAAUUAUAUACUGAGUCUAUGCUUUAGAUUUUACAUUAUUUUAAUGAAACAUUUUAUUGGUAGUAAUAAUAAAUGUUGUGCUUUAUUGCAGAGUUCCCAGCAACUGUGUUUGUUUGCAACAUUGAUAAAAGAUGUCUACAUUAUCUUCUAGCUA